AUGUGGUUUGGCUCUAAGUACCGUAGCUUUCUCUGGCUCUUCAAAUUCCCCCUUGAAUCUUUUCACAACACAUCACCAUCGUCUGCUUAA